CUGGGUCGCGGUAAAGGAGGCAAAGGCUUGGGAAAAGGAGGCGCCAAGCGUCAUCGCAAAGUGCUGCGAGAUAACAUCCAGGGUAUCACUAAGCCAGCAAUCCGCCGUUUGGCUCGUCGCGGCGGUGUGAAGCGCAUCUCGGGACUCAUUUACGAGGAAACACGUGGCGUUCUGAAGGUGUUCUUGGAGAACGUUAUCCGCGAUGCCGUCACCUACACCGAACACGCCAAGAGGAAGACCUGUCACAGCCAUGGAUGUUGUGUACGCUCUGAAGAGGCAAGGCCGCACCCUGUACGGCUUCGGCGGUUAAAAAACUAG